GCGGGUGCCUAACGGUCAGCGCGUGCCCAACGGUUCUGCGCCCCUCGCCUCGCCUCGUCCCGUUCCGUGCUGCGCCAUGGCGGGAACCCUGGAGUCUGUGGAGACUUGCUUGGAGCAGCACAUCCCGCCCGAGGACCUCGCCGAGGUGAAGCGGAUCCUCUACGGGGGCGAGGCAAGAAAACUUAAUUUGCCAGCUGCUGCUCUAUCAGCAGCUCAGGAAAGAGAUUUUGAACUACAGGGCUAUGGAUUUGAAGCUGCUCCAGAGCAAUUGAGAAGGCCACGCAUUGUUCGAGUGGGACUGAUACAGAAUAAAAUUCCACUUCCCACAGACACAGCAGUGGCAGUCCAGGUGGCUGCACUGCACAGACGAAUUGAGGAGAUUGUGGAAGUAGCUGCAAUAUGUGGGGUCAACAUAGUUUGUUUCCAAGAGGCUUGGACCAUGCCCUUUGCUUUUUGUACAAGAGAGAAGCUUCCUUGGACUGAAUUUGCUGAGUCAGCAGAGGAUGGGCCAACAACAAAAUUCUGUCAAGAGCUGGCAAAGAAAUACAGUAUGGUUGUGGUAUCUCCAAUCCUGGAGCGAGAUGAAAUACAUGGAGGAACUCUGUGGAAUGCUGCAGUGGUCAUUUCUAAUUCUGGAGCUGUCCUUGGCAAAAGUAGGAAAAAUCACAUUCCAAGGGUUGGAGAUUUCAACGAGUCUACUUACUAUAUGGAAGGAAAUACAGGACACCCAGUGUUUCAGACACAAUUUGGAACAAUUGCUGUGAAUAUCUGCUAUGGGCGUCAUCACCCUCUGAACUGGCUCAUGUUUAGUAUGAAUGGAGCAGAGAUCAUCUUUAACCCUUCAGCCACUAUUGGAACGCUCAGCGAGUCCCUGUGGCCAAUUGAAGCAAGAAAUGCUGCCAUAGCUAAUCACUGCUUUACAUGUCCCAUCAACAGGGUAGGAACGGAAUACUACAAAAAUGCCUUUACUUCCGGAGAUGGUGGAAAAGCGCACCAUGACUUGGGCCAUUUUUAUGGCUCAAGUUAUGUAGCUGCACCAGAUGGCAGCAGGACCCCAGGACUCUCUCGCACUCGGGAUGGACUUCUGGUCGUAGAGAUGGAUCUAAAUCUUUGCAGGCAAGUCAGUGACAAAUGGAAUUUUAAGAUGACUGGUAGAUAUGAAAUGUAUGCAGACAAGCUCACUGAAGCAGUCCAGCCUUAUUUUAUACCCAGUAUAAUCAAAGAGUAAGAGAGAGCAUCUCAUUACAAUUAAAUAUUGCAUAACAAAUUAAAAGGUACUGUUGGAUGAUAGCUGUACUGUGGAUCACAAGUUGUUAUUUUAAUGUUGUAAUUUUAAUUUCCUGUAACCAACUUUUAAAUAAUAGGAUUCAAAACUGUGUUAAGUAAAAUAAUUGAAAAAUG